GCUAUAUAGUGGAGGAUUUCGCCGAGCCUAUUUGGACAUGGUCAGGAGCACGCCACAGUCCUGCUGUCUUCACUUGUGUCAUCUCUUGCUCUCUUCUGCUUUUCUUCUCGCUGGCCUGACUUGUCCAGCUUCGAUCCUCGGCAAUCCUAGAUUUAGAGCAUCUACCAACAUGUCCAACUGCAUGGACGUCUCGGCCACGCCGUCCCCGGAGCCGCCCCCGCCGACGGCGGCGCUGGACUACGACAUGGUGGUGAUCCUGGCGGCGAUGCUGUGCGCGCUGGUGUGCGUGCUGGGGCUCAACUCCGUGCUCCAGCAGUGCGUGGCGCGGUGCGCCCGCCGCGCCGUGGCCGACCCCGUCGGAUGGGUGGCGCACCGCCGCGCCAACGCCGGGCUCAAGCGCGAGGCCCUCGUUGCACUGCCCGUCGCCACGUACGCCGGCGAGAAGCAGCACGCGUCGGCCGGUGCCGGGUGCGCCAUCUGCCUGUCGGACUUCGCCGACGGGGAGACCAUCCGCGUGCUCCCCGUGUGCGGCCACCGGUUCCACGUGCCCUGCGUCGACAGGUGGCUCGCCUCGCGCUGCUCGUGCCCGACGUGCCGGCGCCGCCUCUCGGCCGACUGCGCUGGCGCCGGAGAAGGCCACCGCCAAGUCCUGCAAGUUCUGAACGCCGUGUGAUAUGGUCGAUCAGUUUGCCUCUUUUUUUAUUCGCUUCAGAGUUCAGAUCACUGUUCCGGCGUGCUACUUUGUAUGUCAGGUUCCGGCUAUAACCUGUUUGAUGGUUUGCUUUGCCGGCCAUCUUGAGAGCUUUCAUUUUUGACAAUAAACGAUCAUCAUGAGUUUUAACAUUA